AUGUUUGAUUCUGUCUUCUCUGAUCCUCACCUUCUUCCAGUGUCCCCCUUUUAUCUCCUGAUAAGACAUAUCGUGUGGAAACACUCUGCACAUGCUCAGUUUGGUUUUUUUUUCUUGGUAGAGUGCAUGUGAUCAGCACAGGGCCAAUCAGCACUGUCCUGACAGAGGUCAGGGGUUCUGCAUCCUCCUAGAGCAAAAAGAAAACUCCUCCUACAAGCUUUAGCUAGAGCUCAGCUGGACACUGAUAGAAGUCACAAGACUGCUCUGCUGAUGAGAAAACAUAUUUAGCAGUUUAUAUUUACUAA